GGAACCUUCUCGCUGAGCUGAGCUGACAGUCUGCAUCUAGACCCUUCUCUACAUAUCUGUGUAACACUCAGUGAUAUCACAGAGGAACCAGAGAGACUUCAUACUUACAGAGCUUCUGCUAAACGACACGACCAGAGCACUGAGAGAUAUCAGGUAUUGCUGUAACUGGAGUGAAUAAGGUAGCCUUCUUCCUGAGCACAGACAUUGGAGCCGGUUAUCAGCAUGAACUCAUAUGUGUUAGAAAAACACUUGAAGAGUUCAUAUCCAUCCUUCUCUACAGGAAGCAUCAGAAUGAUACCGCAAACUCUAAAAGUCUUAGACACCAAUGACUGUUCACAAACAUUGGGGAACUCACAGCUGACAUUUAAAGAAGAUGGUGAAUUGGCAGGAACUGGGAAGCAAUCAUUAUGUACAGAGAGUAAUUUAGUCAUCAAACAAGAGGACAACAUUUAUGCAUUAUCUAGUGAAAUUAUUAUCCCAGAAGAUAAACCACCCACAUUUACUGAAUUUUCAAAACAUAUUAAAGAAGGGAAAAGUCUACAGUCUAGCCAAAUGAUUCAUACAAAGGAGAAACCAUUCAUAUAUACAGAAUGUGAGAAAAGCUUCACAUGUAAUUUGCAUCUCCCUGAACACCACACAGUUAACACAGUUGUGAAACCUCACACAUGUACAGAUUGUGGGAGAUGUUUCUUAUCUAAAGGAGGCCUUAUGUAUCACAAAAAGACCCACACAGGGGAGAAACCUUUCACAUGUAAUGAGUGUGGAAAAUGUUUUACACAAAAGAGUGAUCUGAAAACUCAUGAAAGGAAUCACACAGGAGAAAAGCCUUUCACAUGUACAGAGUGUGGAAAAAGUUUUACACAAAUUAAUUGUCUGAAAACUAAUGAAAGGAUUCACACAGGAGAAAAACCUUUCACAUGUACAGAGUGUGGAGAAAGGUUUUCAAAAAAAAUUAAUCUGAAACAUCAUGAAAGGAUUCCCACAGAAGAAAAGCCAUUCACGUGCACAGAAUGUGGAAAACGUUUUACAGAAAAAAGUGAUCUUAAAACUCAUGAAAGGAUUCACACAGAAGAAAAGCCAUUCACGUGCACAGAAUGUGGAAAACGUUUUACAGAAAAAAGUGAUCUUAAAACUCAUGAAAGGAUUCACACAGGAGAAAAGCCAUUCAGAUGUACAGAGUGUGGAAAAUGUUUUACACAAAUAAGUCAUCUGAAAACUCAUGAAAGGAUUCACACAGGAGAAAAACCUUUAACAUGUACAGAUUGUGGGAAAAGUUUUACACAAAAGAGUACUCUGAUAAAACACGAAAGGAUUCACACAAGAGAAAACUAUUUCACAUGUACAGAGUGUGGAAAAUGUUUUUCAGAAAUAAGUCAUCUGAAAACUCAUGAAAGGUGUCACACAGGAGAAAAUCCUUUCACAUGUACAGAGUGUGGGUAUGGAUUUGCAAACAAAUGUAAUUUAAAAAAUCAUGAAAGGAGUCACACAGGAGAAAAGCCCUUCACUUGUACAGAGUGUGGAAAAAGUUUUACACAAAAGGGUAAUCUAAAAACUCAUGAAAGGAGUCACACAGGGGAAAAACCUUUCACAUGUACAGAGUGUGGAAAAAGUUUUACAAUUAAGAGUAAUCUAAAAACUCAUGAAAGGAUUCACACAAGGGAAAAUUCUUUCACAUGUACAGAGUGUGGAAAAGGAUUUACACAAAUGGAUCAUCUAAAAGCUCAUGAAAGGAUUCACAAGGGAAAAAACCUUUCACAUGUUUAGAAAGUCAAAAUAGUGUUUGUAUACAAGACAAAUAUUUAUACACAAAAGAAACUUUAUAUACACACUGUAGAAACCUUUUCAAAAUGAUCCUAAAGAGGAUAAACUUUCUAAAAUCAAGCAAAAAAAAAAGGAUCCUAUUGUAAAUAAUGCUUUCCAAUUCCCUAUUACAAAAGCCAAUGUAAUAAUUGACACCUUGGAGAUAUAUUUAAUGUGUUCGCAGUUCAGGUAAAUCUUUUCUUUAAGAACUAGAUGCUUAGCAUUCUUCAUUUUAGAUACCAGAGAGAUUACUGAGGUGAAACUGAUUUUAUGUAAUGAGAAAUGGUACAUGCAAGAUCAUAAUCAGUUUAAUUUAAAAGGCUACUAUAACCUAAAUGUACAGUAUACUUAAGACAAACUAAAAUCCCAUAAUUGG